AUGAAUUUUGCAAAACGUUCAACACAUAUUUACAACUUUAAUAGUGAAGGCGAUGACAGAGAUUUAAAAACAAUGAAGAAAAAAACGAUUUUGCAUGUUGUUGUUACACAAUCAUUUAGUUAUGUAUGGAUUCGAUUGUUGUUGAUGAGAGAAGUUGAUACAUGUGCGACAGACAAAGAUGGUUACACAGCCGCCCACUAUGCUGCUGAAAAAGACGAUUUAGAAAUGUUGAAAGCACUCACAACUAAGGUUCAUAGUCAAGUAAAAUUACCACCCAGCAAUGUAGAAAAAAUUCAUGCUAAUUGCAUGAAAGCACUCACAAUAACUGAAAAGUUUGGUAGAACAGUUUUCAUGUUAGCUUGCUGUAAAGGAGCUAUUAAUUGUGCUAGAUACGUGCAUGAACAACAAUCAUAUAAUAAUGUAAAUCUAACGACUGUGGAAAAAAGUGAUUCUCGGCUAAACAGUCAUGAUAGUGAUGCUUAUGGGGAUACAUCACUGCAUUAUGCUAUUGCGCACAACCACAAGAAUCUAACAGAAUUUCUAGUGAAUGAGUGCCAGAGUGAUGUCAACGGUGGUGAUGAAAAACGCCCGAGUCCUUUAGAUAUUGCUUUAUUUAACAGAAAUACAGAACUAGAAAAUUUGUUACUGUCUAAAAAUGGAAAAAGUCGAUUUCAAAUUAAACGUGAAAGUAAAAAGCGUAAAUCAUUCGAAGUCGAUCUUAGUCUCGAUAUGGAACGUUUAUCGAUUGAACAAGUGGACAGUCGAGUCAUUAAGUAG